AUGUCUCUAAGUGAUGCACCAUGCAGCGGUCGGCUAGAUGCGCUGGUCGAUGAGGCACGGACAGCAACCAUAGAGAGUGACAACAAACAUGCGGUGAGCUUGCUGCACACUUUCAGGCAUCUGAUGAAACGCAGACUCUAUUUGCACCGCAUAGGAAAGGCAUACAAGCUGAGCAAGUGGGUACCCCACUCACUGUCCGAUGCAAACAGCAACAGCAUGUUGCUGCCUGUUUGUCAUUGCUUACUCCGCACUGCAGUGCGUACAUAUUUAAUCGAGUACUCACCAGCGAUGAAAAGUGGGUCCAGUAUGACACACCCAGGCGUUCCAGACAUUGGUUGUCACCACAGGACCCUGUGCCUCACACUUCGAAACCUUCUUCUCCACCCACGCAAGAUCAUUCUCUGUAUCUGGUGGACUAGUCGCCAAGUGGUGCACUAUGAGCUCCUGCCAGUGGGCAAAACCAUCACGGCUGCCCUGUGCUCCCAGCAGCUGGAACGUGUGCAUCAGGUACUGAUGCACAGAGAACCAGCAUUGGUCAAUCGUAUAGAUGUACUCCUCCUCCAUGACAAUGCGAGGCCGCAUAUAGCUCGGGAGGCCAAGGACACCAUCCAGCGACUGUUCUGGGUGGCACUACCUCAUCUGCCAUACUCCCCAGACCUUGUGCCAACAGACUACCACCUUUUCCAUUCCAUGGACAACUAUCUUCAUGGGAAAUCCUUCAUCAACCGGCCUGACCUCGAAAAGGCCCUCACGGAUUUCUUUGCGUCCAAGACUCCUGAGUUUUACUGCAAUGGUAUCGCACAGCUAGCCACUCAUUGGCAAAAGGCACUGGAUGCCGAUGAUGAUUACUUUGAGGAUCAGCGGUGA